AUGUCAGUUGUUUGCAGACGAGGAAUCAUUGGUAGAGUUGUCCCUAGAAUCUCCUUAUUGUCACGUACCUACGCUCCAGUUCUGCAUCUUGGCUACCGUGCCACUCAAACGGCUAAAUUUGGUACCAUUGCGUCGUACAGGUACCAACAAAAUAACGACUUCAAACAUCUAGGAUCUUUCAAAGUUGACCAACCAAAGUUGAUGCUAGCUUUUACAUGCAAGAAAUGUAAUAACAGGUCAUCUCACGUCAUUUCCAAACAGGCAUACACUAAGGGCACAGUACUAGUAACGUGUCCUGAUUGCAAGAAUAGACAUCUCAUAGCAGACCAUCUGAAAAUAUUUGAUGAUAACCACAUCACCAUUGAGGAUAUUCUCAAACUGAAAGGUGAAUCUGUCUCAACUUCAACGGACGAUCUCAUAUUUGAUGAAAUUCCAGACGCUCUAAAAGAAUCCAUUGGCCAUUACGCUAAAGAUGCACCAGCCCAUUUGAAGAAGCAAUUAGAUAACACCACAAUCCAUUCAUUACCACAUAACGAAGAUUGA